AUGGAGGCCAACAAACAUUGUACUCCGCCGAGACAUGUCCGGCAAGAGGAAGGAGUUAAUACCUCGCCACCGUCGUACGAACUCCAAGAGAGGACUGGUAGUUUUAGCGUGACCUCGCCGAAAAAAAUAAAUGAAAAAAUAAAAGACGGCCUUCUUCAAGUUGGCAAAGUUCUCCUCCAAUUUGUUGUUGUGUACUCGCAGUUGAGUAGACAUUCAAAAGGAAAAGUUGAUUCCCUCGAGCCGUCUUCCCUUCGUGAGGUGAUCAUCCAGCUUGACGCAAUUUCGGAUUUCCCCGACAAGGUGUUCUUUGUUGCAACAACAAAGUUUGAAAAUCCAGCUUAUCAUCAGAUGAUUUUGUUCAUGAAAGGCGUUAAAGAGUGCUUGGUUUUUAGGUCCAACAAAGCGAGAUGUGACCUUGUCGAUGUGUCUUCCAGUUGUCCCAUGCUUCAAAAUUCAGUCAUGGACGCAUUAGUUUGGACGCUCCAGAUGACGACUACAUUGGCGCAAACCUGCGAAGAAACACAGAGUGUACAGAUGUUGAAAUUGGGCGGUUGGGAAGGAAGUGCCAACGACGUGCGUGUUUUUUCAUCGACACUCUCGGAUCCCCGUAACCAUUUCCCUUGGCCUCCAAUAGGUAAAUAUUACGUGGUUCAUUCUGGGUAUGUAAAUAUAACGGGAAAACGGUACCAUAUUCCUGAGUGGAUCGGUAUGAAUCGAGAUCUUACCAAUGCCUGGGAGCUCUACAGUAAGCGGCACGCUAUUGUUCAUAAUGGUCUAAUAUCGAACUACAAAUUGGAGAGACACGUUAAUAUUUUAAUUCUGUGUUGCGUGGCACACAAUUUCAUCAAGCGGUGGGGACAGAUUGAACAAUCGUUGACGUUCAAUGAUCCGGAUUGGCAGCCCAAUCAUGGUUCAGAUGAUCAAACGACACCUUUCAUCAAUACAACGGAUACCACUCUAACCGGAUUGUCGGAACAGUAUGCUUUAAUGAAUUCUAUAGCUACGACAUUACAGGAAAAUAGGUAG